AUGUAAUCCGAUCGGAUCGGUAGCUCUGAUUUAUACUUCCAUCGUCAACUGUUCUUUAUAUUUAUAUACGGAUCCGCUAUUAGGAUCUCUGGUUCUGUAAUUCGGAAGUGUUUGGAGCCUUUUCUCUCGUGGUAUUCGAGGUGGAUGCUGUGGAAGAUCCUUUCCUAAAAGGAGGGCUUGAGGAGAGGAGACUAUAAUGUUUGAGUCCCGGGAGAAAUCGUAAGCGCUACAGGAGGAAAUGUCGAGGCAGAAUCGCAGCAUCGAGGGUCUGAUCAGGGGACACUGCAAGAUCCGGAAACGAGGUUGCUCUUCUUCAUCGUCUUCGUCAUCGCUAGUGCAGAAUUACCGUUUCAAAAGGGCGAUUUUGGUUGGGAAGAGGGGAGGAUCGAGUACCCCUGUUCCGACAUGGAAGUUGAGUUCCAGAUCUUCUUCUGUGGUCGGAAUUAUAGAAUCCCCGAAAUACCCGCCGUCUCAGAACGGUGGUAAAGGAAAGCUACCGCCCGUUUCGGCCCGGAAGCUCGCCGCCACUCUGUGGGAGAUGAACGAGAUCCCUUCUCCUCAAAUGAAAGAGGACGUUUCGGAAUGGAGAAGAGUCCUUCUCAAGAAAGAGAUGAAAGGCAGAGACAGGAACUCCAGGUCAGUCCUGUCGGGCUCUCUCCCUCCACAUUUGUCCGAUCCAUCCCAUAGCCCUGCUUCAGAGAGGAUGGAUCGUUCAGGAACCGAGAGUCUCCGAAGAAGAUCAUCCACCAUUUCUCAGAAGCUUCGGGCGACUGAUCACAAUGUUGGAUAUUUGGACUCUCGGAGCAAUGCCAGUUUGAUGGAGAUCGAGACACGAUCUCGAGGCCGGACUCCGACGGGUUCCGUCUUGGGAACUAAGAACCGUUUGAAGGACCUCAGCAAUGGUCUCACCACAUCUAAGGAGCUUCUUAAAAUACUCAACCGGAUUUGGGGUCUGGAAGAUCAGCAUUCCUCAAGCAUGUCUCUUGUCUCGGCCUUGCGUGUCGAGCUCGAUCGUGCCCGCUUGCAGGUUGAACAGCUGAUCCAAGAACGGAAGUCUGAUUCUAACGAGAUUAAUUACCUUAUGAAGCGUUUUGCAGAAGAGAAAGCAGCUUGGAAGAGUAAGGAGCAAGAAAGGAUCCAAGCUGCAAUCGAUUCUGUUGCAGGGGACCUUGAUAUGGAGAGGAAGCUAAGGAGACGUGCUGAGAGCUUGAACAAGAAGCUCGGAAGGGAAUUAGCCGAUACCAAAGCAUCUCUCUCAAAGGCGAUCAAAGAACUUGAGAGCGAGAAGAGAGUGAGGGGGGUAGUGGAAGAAGCGUGUGAAGCGUUGGCCAGGAGUAUUGGAGAAGACAAGGCCGAAGUGGAAGAGCUGAAGAGAGAAUCUGCUAUGGUUCGGGAAGAGGUAGAGAAGGAGAGAGAGAUGCUUCAAUUAGCAGACGUAUUGCGUGAGGAAAGAGUCCAGAUGAAGCUCUCAGAUGCCAAGUUUCAGUUCGAGGAGAAAAAUGCGGCCGUGGACAAGCUGCGGAGCGAGCUUGAAACCAUUCUGAGAUCCAAGAAGGUCAAGGAGAACCAAGUAGUUGGGUCCACUGUAAGUAAUUCUCGUCUGGGUUAUUAUCAGAAUGAGGAAGGAGACGAUGAUGGUGAAUUGGAAGAAGAAGAAGAAGAUGAUGAUGAUGAAGAUGAUGAAGAAGAAGAAGAAGAUUCGGCUGAAAGUGAUCUUCAUUCGAUCGAGCUGAACAUGGACAACACAAGCAAGGGCUGCAAGUGGAAUUAUGCUGCAGGAGCUACUACUACUACUACUACUCAUGAAGAUCCAAAAAGGGUUUCGGUUGAGGAAGAAAUUAGGGGAAGGAAAUCCAUCUCUGAGAAGAUAGCCCGUGGAGCUGGCUCUCUUGAAAGGAGUAUUUCGGAUGGAAUUGAGUGGAAUCUGAGAAGUGACAAUGGCCAGAAUUCAGAAGAUGGGAUUGUAUGGGGGAUAUUCCCAGAGUUAGAAAGGCAAAUUCCGAGACAAGAUUACGAAGAUGAAACACAGAGAUACAAAUCGGUGAAGGGUAUUAGAGAUCACCUAUUGUCUGGUUCAAGGAUGGCAUCAGCUCGAGGCUUCGCCAGCCCUACACGCCAAUGGGGCCAACCAUGGCCUUCGCGAGACUCCAGCAAUGCAGGACGCGAAAGGCCGAAUGUUGGUACGCAGGGGAAUGAUUUGAAGGCUCGGCUAAUAUUGGAAGGUCAGCAUCCGAGGCGUUCUAGGUAGU